AUGAACAUGACCAGCAUUCAAGAGCAAAUGAUAGAUGCAGGAUGUUGACAUCGACUGCAUCCGACUUAGCUUCAAGAAUUAAACACUCAAUUGUACAGACAUUUUCAAUAAUUGACGACAUUGAAUACAAGAUUGGAUGGAAUUAAAGGUCAUUAUGAAGCUCAAUUCACAGAUAUCAUGGCCAGAUUCAACCUCGCAUAGUGGGUCGUUGUCGACACAAAAGGGUUGGUGGUUAGUCAGAAUGACGGCUAAGUGAUUCUACCACAAACGAUACUUCGAGAAGCCCAUCCAAGAGUCCAAUUUUCACCACCACGAGGUCAGGUCCAAAUGAAUCGAGUUGCGGAUCAGAAAAAUAACCUUCCUCCUCUUGGUAACGAUCAAUAUCGGCUUCCUUGUCUUGAUUUCCCUUAAUUUUCUGGUGAUAAUCCUAGCGAAUGGACUAGGAAAUGUGGAAACUUGUUUGAGAUCUAUGGAAUUCCAGUAGACUAGAGAGUUUGUUUGGCGGCCAUUUUCUUUGAGAUAAUGCUAGAUACAUGGUCUGAAGGUUGGGUAGUAGGUCGUAGGUAGCUAAUUUGGAAGGAUUUUGUAGCCUUCUUGUGUAGACGGUUCAACAGUUGGUCGUAUGGAGUAGUAGUUGGUGAAUUUAAUAAAUUGAGGCAUCAUGGUUUAUUGUUGGACUAUCUGGAGCAAUUCAAAGAAAUUAAGUAAAAAAUGAUGGCCUUCAAUCCUACUCUAGACAAUUAAUACUCAAUUUUGAGUUAUAUCAGUGGAAUGGAGGAAGAAUUGAGGCCAACAUUGACAAUGAUGCAUCCUCGAACCUUAGCUCAUGCAUUUUAGUUGUAGAAAUUGGAAGAUGCUUAUAAUGUAGCUAGAUGAAGGAAUUUAAUAGGUUCUAGUUUCAAGCCACCAACAAUCUUGUCAACUAGUGGGGUAACCCUAUCAUGAAUAAAUGAUCAGAUGUUUCUAAACAUCAUGUAUCCAAUAAGCCAAAUUCUGCUAGCUCUGCAGGUUAGAGUAACUAACUUAAAGGAACAAGCUAUAAGUGUGGUGAUCGUUAUUUCUAAUUUUCUAUGACCAUGUAUGUACGACUAAGAGGCAUUUGAAUGCUAUUUAGACUGAUGAGGCAGAAGUUCUACCUCCUGUGAAAUGCAGUGAGGAUGAAGGAAGUGAAAUUGUGGAGGAGGUUGUGGAACUAGGGAGGUUGGUCUGGAACAUGGUGGUCAGUGAGGUUUUGACGGAGAGAUGUUGCAGACUGUAUGGAGGGAAGGGUGUCUGUUCCGGAGCUCUUGAACAACAUGCAACUAGUUCCCAAGUGGAAGAUUGCAGGGGAUUUGGAGUUGGCAUAAGCUAUUAAUAAGAAGAAAAUAUGCUUUUAGGAUUGAACAUUCUCAAUCUUUACACCAAUGUGUCGUAAUCUCUCGAUCCUGUUUAUCUCAAAAGAUGAGACGAAGGGUUACCCUAAACGACCAUCGCUUGGAAAUGGAUCCACCGGAACUAGUUUGUUUCACCAGCAAAGGCACAUUAAAGCGUUCAAAAUCACGGAAAAAAAAAAAAAGUAGAGUAUGGCCCAUGUUGUUCAUCUGCUACUACUAGGCCCAUGCCCAUUUAGCCCGUACCGAUCAAAUUUGAAAUGAGGAAAGGGUGAAGUGUACAAAUAAAAAGAAUGCGGAACGAAAUGUAGGUCAGAACAACUUCAGGGAUGACAUUUACACAAAAUCAGGAUUUCAACUUUGAUUUCUUUUUUACUGUUGAUUUUUGAAAUUUCACAAAGGUGCAGAAACAUUUGGCGGUUCAGUUGCCACUUGCCAUUAUUUGCCGCUCUUCCUCUCCUCUGUCACUUCGUCUUCCCGCCGACGCCGAGCCGUACGAGAAGGAGCGGCGAAACUGAAAUCCACCGCCAGAAGACUCAUCUUCAGAUCUUUCGGCUGAAGAAGAAAUUACACAAUGGUGGGAUCGAAGAAGGAGCUGACGAGUUACGAAGAAAUCCGGCGGCAGAGAGUGGAAGAGAACAACAAGAGGAUGGAAGACCUCAACUUGCUGAAGCUCGCUAAGCAUCUUCGCCCCCAAUCUAAUCCCUCAGCCAAACCUUCCCCUGCGAAACCUAGACCUCGUCGGCCGGCGGUGCUGGCUCCGGCGAGGAGGUCGGCUCGAAUAGCGGACAAUCCCACUGUUAGCUACAAGGAAAGACCAGUUGAGCCAUUAAUGGAAGCAAGAAGGUUUGGCACAAGGAGGUCAUCUCGAAUAGCAGACAAGCCCGCUGUUAGCUACAAGGAAGGACCAGUGGAGCCAUUAUCGGAAGCAAGAAGGACCUUUAGCUACCAAUGUGAAGAUGGAGGCGAUUCAGAAAAGGAAAACCAAGAUGAGGAGGACGACGAAGCAUAUUCGGAAGAGGGAAAGCAGGACGAGGCAGAAGACGCGGAGAACGAAAACGAGAACGAGGAAGACGAUGAUACGGAUGACACUAGGAGGCGUUCCAAACGAAUCAGAACAGGUCGAAGGUAGCGUCCCAUUUGGAGCCUGAAAAUGGGGAUUUUGUUUUGGGCACUGGAAGCAGUAGGUAUCCAUUUUGUGCUGUAGAAAAGAUAGCCUUCCCAAGGUAACGACUGAUAUUGGGUUUUAAUCUGUAGUAGAACUACAACGCCAGUUUCACUCUAACCAUCCUGUAAUCGUAACAACUGCAGCACAAAUUGCUGAUUUUGUCAUUGGCUGAUAACGGUAUAACGA